AUGGCGUCUUCGAACCUCUUCUCAGGCGCAACAGGCAUCCUUCGCGCUUCUCAACGCGAAAUCGACGAGUACAAGAGCAUAAACCCGCAAUUCUCUGUCCACCUUUACAAGCGCCAGCAAGAGAUAUCGUCAAACGAGAUUGUCAAGCUGGAAAUUGGCAUCUGGGCUACGGGUGUGCAUUACGAUGCUGGUGAAAGCAUUCCUGUCAGGAUUGGUGGACAGCAGCCUGCCAUUACCGAGUUUACCAGUUUCUCGGGGCCGAGACCGGAGCAUGAGUUGAAUAAAGGUGAACACAUCAUUCACCCUGGUCCUGACCACCCCAGCAAGAUCAUGUUGCCAUUCAUAAAUAUCAAGGUUUGA